AAAUCCGCCGCGAGUGAGGCGGCGGCGCGCGCCAUCUAGCGAGAGAUGUGACUAACAAAUUGUGCUUUAAGCGGUUGAUCAAAGCACGUAUUUGUUACAUCCGAGAUUCCAUCAAAAGCGUAGAAGAAACACAUAAGAUACAGAAGAAGGCGUUUUGUUGUACAUAUGCGAUGAUAUUGACAAUAACCGUGCCGUGAUAUCUAUGGUAUGCGCGAUGGGAAUUGCUCUCCCGGAUCCCUGAACCAGCGUUGAAACGGGACCUCCCGAUCUGCCGGUUUCAUUCCCUCGUUUGUCUUGUCCGGGAUGGCUGCCUCCGCAUUGCCCCAAGGAUUGCUUUACGCGAUGCUGAACGAUACUGAAGACGGUAAGCUGGCAUGUAUUUUUUUCUUUCAUCUUUACAAAAACCGGACACUGAGGAGACAGUCUCCAUCUUUGUGUAUUGUCCCAUAUUGGUUUUCCUGUAAAGGUGAACAACAAUCAGCUUCUUUAUUAAGUAUUCUUUAAAUUUUUCUUGUAGAAGUGUCCCACCCGUAUAGUGAACUUGCUCAGGCCGCUCCUGUGAAGUAACAAUAACUCAUUGACGCUUCUCAUAAAGCAUGUUCUGCAAUACUGAAUCUGAACAUAGUACUUUUGCUUGAGGGCAGUUUAUCUAGCCAGGUGCCAGACAUACAAUUUCUCCUCUUUCUAAAGCGAGAUAGAUUAACGCGGUUUUUUGUUUGCUUACUAGGCUCUUGCAUUUUAGUUCCUACCAGAAUGGUACACAUGCAGAAUGUGCUUUAGACCACCAUAUCUCUGCAUCUUCAUGUACCUGUUUAGUAGCUACACAAAAAAAGCUGUCGACAAAAGGAGUUGUAAAUUCACCCUGCGUUUAAUUGCCGAUGCAGACUGCUUGGCAGACCCACAGACCCAGAACCUGUCGCAAGAAAACCCUACAAAAAUGCAAGGAGCAGAGUGGACUCCAGGGGAGUCGAAGCUGCUUCUUGACUACUACUCAAAAUAUUAUCCUGAGAUAGGGCCAAUGAAGAAGUUCAAGACAAAGAAGGCAAUGUUUGAACAAAUCGCCCUUGACCUGCAAUCAGUUUUGGGCAUAUCACGGACAGCACUACAGUGUGACAACAGAUUUAAGACGCUUUUGAAGCGCAAGAAAAACUCUCAAAAAGUGAACAGGACAUCAGGAAGUUCACGCUGCACCGUGGAGUUUGAGGAAGAGUUUUCGAGAAUCAGAAGUAUGGACGACAGCCUGGAACCUGAGGUGAGGCGUGGUGUAAGCUCAGUCAUAUAUAAGGAAACUGGUCGCACCACUGCAGUCGCAGAAACUGACAGCCCCACAGGCUCAGCAGCAGUGGUGGAGCAGAUGUCACCAACAUCCCCUCCAGAUCAGCAUCGUGCCGAGACCUCUGCAGAGGCACGGAGGAGAAGGCGGCGGGCUAACCGUGUGAGCAGCACUACCACAAGGCAGCAACAAAUGGCAGAGUUUUUCUCACAGAUGAAAGAGCUCCACGAGGAGAAGGAGAAGAACAGAGAAAGAAGGCACAAGGAGCACUUGGAAGUGCACAAGCACCACAUGGAGCUACUGAAACAAGUCAGGGACGCACUGCAGCAAGAUGGUUCGCUGCUGUAA